CAAAAUUAUAUCCUCCCCCCACCACUUCCCUCACCCCAAAAAGGCCUCCGUUGUCCUCUUCCUCUCUCCUCUCCUCCACCAUUUCUCCCUAUAUAUUAACUCAUCCUCCUUUCCUUCACAUUCACCCAUCUUCUCUGCCUCUCCUCAACUACACGCAAAGUAACUCUUCCAUACCCUAAAUCCCCCACAGACAGAUGGAAGCUCAAUAUCUGAUGUUCCAGAAGCAGGAGCUUCAUUACUCCAGCACCACAGUCUCUCCCGCCACCACCAAACCGAAACAGAAAAGCAACGGCAAGAGCAAGUUCGUGGGAGUCAGGCAGAGGCCCUCCGGGAAGUGGGUUGCUGAGAUCAAGGACACCACUCAAAAGAUCAGAAUGUGGCUGGGGACCUUCGAUACCGCCGAGGAAGCUGCCCGGGCUUACGACGAGGCUGCCAGACUCCUCCGGGGAACCAACACCCGCACCAACUUCACCAACACCACCAGCAGCUAUAGCCAUAGCAGUGUGUUCUUCCCCAAUUCACACAUCUCGACAAAGAUCAGAAACCUCCUACACCGCAAGAGAAACUCUCAAAAGCAAAAGAACAAGUCAAAUGACAUCAUCCCUCCGUCUCUCAGAGCUAGCAGCAGCGGUAGCCAAAUUGUUAGCUUCCAGUGGGAUGCUCAGACUUCCCCUGCAUCCUCACUCUCUCAUGAGAAGGAUAUGGUCAAGCAAGAGAGGAAGAGGAAGGCCUUCGAUGACGAUGUUUACAGGCCUGAUGUCAGCUCCUGCAUUAGUACUGCGUCAUCGGCAUCGUCAUUCCAGCAAUUACUCUGCACUCCUCCAUCGUCUUUGUUGCCAUUCCUGCCUUCCGGAUUGGACCAGCAUCCUGCAAUGCAACAGGGGAUGAUGGAUAAUUCCUUUUGUCAGGCCGAUGAUCACGACCACAGUAGUAUUGGGUUGUUUGAUGCUUGUGCCGGGGAAUUGGAGCUGCCCAAGUUUGAGAGGAUGAAGGUGGAGAGGCAGAUUUCGGCUUCGUUGUAUGCAAUGAAUGGAUUGAGUGAGUGUAUGAUGCAGGGGUAUCAGAGCGAUGCAGCAGCGAUGUGGGAUUUCCCUACACUGUGCUCUGUUUUUGCAGACUCCCUUCCUUUUCCUCAGGGCCUGUUUAAAGCUUGAAUGCACGGUUUAAAGCCAAGGAGUAGAUGCAAGUUUUCCCCAUUUAUGGUAUAGAGAGAUUAUAAUAGGGAGGUAGCUUAGCUUAGCUUAGCAAGGCUAGGCUAAGGACUGAGUUUGCGAGGCAAGAAUUGAUGGAAUAAUAACAUAGUAAUUAGUAAAAUGCCACUCUUUAUGAAGUCACCACUUUUGUUAUUCUUCUUCUUUUUUUACACAUUGGUUUCAUGCUAAUUUUGGCCCCUGAAACUUUGGUACUUGUUCCAAUACUAGUUUCAAAUUUCAUAAUGUGUUCGAAUCUGCCAUUUAUAAGCCUACAUUAGCCCUUUUAUAUAAUGUGUUCGAAACCUGAAACUUUGAUAUAACUUAUUAUCUCUCGGCAACCAAAAAAACUCUUUUUCAACA